AUGCUCAUGGGGAACUGUGUGCUGCUGUUCCUCUGGUGUCUCCUGGACAAGAGCUUUGUUUCUCCAAUGCACAGGUGGGGAAAGGAGCAUCAUGGGGCCCUGAGGGACCACAGGAAGCCCGGCAUGGCUGCCGUUCAGAGAGUCAAACGAGGAUGGGUGUGGAACCAGUUUUUUGUGCUAGAGGAAUAUAUGGGGUCUGAACCACAAUAUGUUGGAAAGCUACACAGUGACCUGGAUCGAGGAGAUAACUUGGUGAAGUACACGCUGUCUGGAGAAGGAGUCGGUUCUAUUUUUACUAUCGAGCCCACCACCGGAGACAUCCAUGCCUUGAGGAGCCUGGACCGUGAGGAAAAGCCGUACUACAUGUUGAAGGCGCAGGCUGUGGAUGUGUUUACAGGAAAUGCUCUCGAACCCGAGUCAACGUUCAUCAUCAAGGUCCAGGACAUCAAUGACAAUGAGCCGAAGUUCUUGGAGGGUCCGUACGUGGCUAGCGUCCCUGAGAUGUCCCCUGUAGGCACGUAUGUCACAUGCGUCACAGCCACUGAUGCAGACGAUCCCACGUAUGGAAACAGCGCCCACAUCGUCUACAGCGUCCUCUACGGCCAGCCUUACUUCUCUGUAGAACCCAAAACUGGUGUGAUAAGGAUUGCGUUACCCAACAUGGACCGGGAGAUCAAAGAGUCGUACCAGGUCAUGAUCCAGGCCAAAGAUAUGGGGGGUCAGCUGGGGGGUCUGGCUGGAACCACGACCGUCAACAUCACACUCACUGACGUCAAUGAUAAUCCGCCAAGGUUUGCUAAAAGUGUCUUUCACCUGCGAGUUCCUGAAUCAGCGCCGGUCGGGUCCUCGGUGGGGAAAAUUAAAGCUCACGAUCUGGACACGGGGCCGAACGCCGAGGUGGAGUACAGAGUCGUACCAGGAGACGGCAGCUCCCUGUUCGACAUCUACACCGAAGGACACACGCAGGAGGGCAUCGUGCUUCUCAAAAAGCCACUGGAUUACGAAAGCAGAAAGCUGUACAGUUUUAAAGUGACGGCGUCAGACCCACACAUGGACGCUCAUUUCAUGCAGAGUGGCUCACACAGCGACACUGCGGUGGUGAAGCUCAGCGUGAUGGAUGUGGAGGAAGCUCCAAUCUUCAGCAGCUCAGAGUACAGCAUGGAGACACGAGAGGGAGCUGCAGGGAACGCCAUCGGGACCGUAAACGCUCACGACCCAGACAUGGGGCACAGUCCCAUCAGGUACUCCAUUGAGUGGAGUGCAGACUCAGAGAAUUACUUCGACGUGGAUCCUGAGGAAGGCACAAUUUCAUCUCGAGAAGCUCUGGACAGAGAAACUACACCGAAACACAACAUUACUGUUGUUGCAACUAAAGUUAAUAAUCCACAGCUGUUCACUCGAGUCAUUGUCACAAUCACAGUGCUGGAUGUCAACGAGUUUCCUCCAGAACUUUCUUCUCCGUAUGAAGCGUUUGUUUGUGAGGAUGCAAAAGUAGGCCAGGUGAUCCAGAUCCUCAGUGCUACAGACAGAGAUAUGCCCAAUCUAGGACACAGAUUCUUCUUCAAAUCUCCCAGAGACAUCCGGAACAAGAACUUCACCAUCCGAGAUUAUGGCAACAACACUGCCGGGCUUCUGAACAGGCGUGCGGGGCUUCGGCGGAUGGAAAAGAGUGUGUAUGAGGUGCCGGUGGUGGUGGAGGACAGCGGGUUUCCCAUCCAGAGCAGCACAGGGACACUAAGCAUACAAGUCUGUGCUUGUGAUGUCUCCGGCUCAGUCCGAAGCUGCAGCACCAAAGCUUUUCUUCUACCUCUGGGUCUCAGCCCUGGAGCUCUGCUGGCUAUCCUGCUGUGUGUGAUCAUUCUUCUGGCGAUUGUGGUUCUGUCCGUCUCUCUGAAGCGCCAGAGGAAGAAAGAUGCUCUGAUGUUGUCCAGAGAGGACGCGAGGGACAACGUGAUCCGCUACGAUGAUGAGGGCGGCGGUGAGGAAGACACGCAAGCCUUCGACAUUGGGACUUUACGCCACCCGGAGGCCAUAGAGGACACACCUGCCCAGCGUUACGACCUGAGGGAUGACGAGGACGGAGAGGAUGUUCACGUGUACCUCCAACAGCGCUUACAGGAGAACCACAGAGAUGACACGGAACCGUAUGACUCUCUGGCCACAUUCGCCUAUGAAGGCGAGGGCUCGAUGGCCGAGUCACUCAGUUCCAUAGAAUCACAAGGUCACGAUUCUGAUAUCAACACCGAUCUGACGUCGAUCGGAGACCUGGGGCCACGUUUUAACACUCUGACUCUGAUCCUCACCGAAAGAAAGGGAGCCAAGGAUGAAUCACGUCUCUCGCACGCUGAGGGAUCAGAACCAAGACGAGACGACUGACAUGAUUUUAUUUUCAGAAAAGAACUGUGUGAAAGUGAAACGCCUGGAAAGGUAUUAUUUCAGGCAUAACACUUCGACAGAGACAGUAGGAGAGGCGUGCGUGUUUUGUUUUUUUCCCCUUCGCACGCCUCUCUUCAACCCAUUUUCAACUUAUUUCAGUUGAAACUUGCAAAUCUUUCCAACUGUGUUUUCAGUUCAGCUUCAUGUUUGCACUUGUCAGAAACUGAGUUUUCAAAAAAAAUCCUUUUGGGGGAAUUUGAAUCUCCCCUUUGAUAUUAAAAAA